GGUUGAGUUUGUGCAGGGAUCACAUUGGUGUCUGUUUUAAGAAGUUAUAUUAAAAGGACAGCAAUUUUCACAAAUAAUUGAGUUUGCCGUGUUUUUUUUGGAAAACACAGGCGACCACGUUUAUUCCUAACAUCUGCUCUUCAGUUACGGUUCUGAAGUAAUUUGAAAGUAAUAUCUAUAAUCAUUAGCGUUUUCAGUAUCCCUAUAAAGAUUGCCUGAAAAGAAUGACUUCUCAAACCAAGAUUCUCAUUAAGGGAGGGAAAAUUGUAAACGACGACUGCUCCCGAAUUACCGACGUCUAUAUUGAAGAUGGCAUCAUUAAAGACGUUGGAUUAAACCUUCAAGUUCCAGGAGGAGUGAAAGUGAUUGACGCCACUGACAAAUUGGUGAUACCUGGUGGUAUUGACACCCACACUCACAUGGAACUUGCUUUUAUGGGAACCCAAGCAGUGGACGAUUUCUAUAUCGGAACCAAGGCAGCCCUUGCAGGAGGCACAACAAUGAUCAUAGACUUUGCAAUCCCUCAGAGAGGUACAUCCCUUUUGGAGGCUUUUGAUAAGUGGAGGAGCUGCGCAGAUCCCAAAGCCUGCUGUGAUUAUUCUCUUCAUAUUGCUGUCACAUGGUGGAGUGAAAAGGUGAAAGAGGACAUGGAGAUCCUUGUAAAAGAAAAAGGCAUCAACUCCUUCAAAAUGUUUAUGGCUUACAAAGAUGUCUUCAUGUUGAGAGAUCAUGAGCUGUAUGCUGCCUUUUCACAAUGUAAGGACAUUGGAGCCAUCGCUCAGGUACAUGCAGAGAAUGGAGACCUGAUAGCUGAGGGUGCCAAGAAAAUGCUGGCUAUGGGGAUCACUGGACCAGAAGGACAUGAGCUGUGUCGCCCUGAAGAAGUAGAGGCAGAAGCUACCCAGCGAGCCAUUACCAUAGCACAUUCUGUCAACUGUCCGCUCUACGUGGUUCAUGUAAUGAGCAAGUCUGCAGCUAAAGUAGUUGCUAAUUCACGUAGAGAAGGUAAGGUUGUAUUUGGCGAGCCCAUUGCUGCAGGCCUUGGAACAGAUGGCACUCAUUACUGGAAUAAAGACUGGUCUCAUGCAGCAAAGUUCGUCAUGGGACCACCACUGAGGCCAGACCCCUCCACACCCGGAUACCUCAUGGACCUACUAGCCAAUGAUGAUCUCAAUGUGACUGGAACUGACAACUGCACCUUCAGUACCUGCCAGAAAGCUCUGGGAAAGGAUGACUUCACCAAAAUUCCUAAUGGAGUGAAUGGAGUGGAAGACCGGAUGUCUGUUAUAUGGGAGAAGGGAGUGUACAGCGGAAAAAUGGAUGAAAAUCGAUUUGUAGCUGUCACCAGCACCAACGCAGCAAAGAUUUUUAACCUUUAUCCCAGGAAGGGAACAAUUACCAAAGGCUCGGAUGCAGAUAUUGUUGUGUGGGACCCCAUUGCUACAAGGACUAUUUCUGCUAAAACUCACCACCAGGCAGUUGAUUAUAACAUAUUUGAAGGCAUGGUGUGCCACGGAGUGCCGGUGGUGACUAUCUCUCGAGGACGCGUGGUCUAUGAAGACGGAGUGCUGCACGCCAGUCCUGGAGGAGGGAGGUACAUCCCACGCAAACCCUUUUCGGAAUUUGUGUACAAGCGUAUUCAACAAAGAGACAUGGUGAACCAGCCCAAGCCUGUAGAAAGAGAGCCAUAUAAGGGGGAAGUUAUCUCUCUGGCUGCAAAGAACGGAACCUCAAGGCCUGUGGGCAGAGGCUUACAUCAGUCAACAUUUACACUUUCAGGUGAUGCUGUCGAAGGCAGCCCCAGCCCACCGCAUUCAUCCAAGAGAGUGAUGGCGCCCCCUGGUGGCAAGUCAAGCAUUGUUUUCUAAACUGACUGGGACAACUGCACACUUUUAGGAUCUUGGGAAAUUCACUGAGAAAUUGAAUGAGACCUGCUCAUGUGCGAUUUAACUGAAACCAAACAAAUAAUAAUGAAACCGUCAACCCAAUUCAUUAGAAAACAUUUAUAGCAAUAUUAAUACACAUAAAACAUGUUAAAGGGUGCUAGGCACUUUUAACAUCUAUUGCUUUAAACUUGCUUCGUGAAAACGUAUCGGGAAAUCAUAAAGGAAUAUCAUUUUAAUCAUAAUUGCUUAAUCUGAAUUACAGUAUAAGUAAACUUUCUGAAAGUUUUAAUUAUAUUUUUAGCAAAUAAUUUCAUUUAAAACAUCCCCUGUAGACACUGUAUAGUAUUUCACUCCAUUCUUCUACACUAUACUUUGAUAUUAAACUGUGCUGAAUUGUUAGUAGCUUAAAUGCAUUCUUCUUUCAGUUGUGUUGCACAACUGAAUAUUUUCUUCAGGAAACCACACUCUAGUAUUGAAUACUACUGUAUCUUAAAAUUUCACAGACCAUGAUUAGCACUAAUCUUGGACUAUCAAAUGUAGCACUAUCCAUUAAUUGAAGUCUAAAAAUCCCCUAGUUUUCACUUUUUUUUUUUUUAAAUUUUAGAAUUGUCCAUUAAUUAUACUUUCGCUCAGUUUAAACGGAGCCCUGCUGUCAUAAUACACCAAGGACUGAAUUGCAGAUGAAUUUGUUUAUAUCAAAUCCGCCAAACAUUUCUCAAGGCCCGAGCUUUAGUUCAAGAAAGGGAUUAUCUAACUUGAAACCUGAUGUUAAUGGCACUAUAAAUAUAGUGCCUUAAAUAAAAUGUUUCAAGUGUAGUUGUCAUGUUUAAUGUUUUAGUUUUGUAAAAAUACAUCAUGUGGUUGAAACACUGCAAAAACGGAUGUGUCCUCAUACAAUAAAGUUUUAAUCAUAAAAUAAAGUCCACAUUUAUUUUUUUUAAUUUUCUGUCAAACACAUAAUGACCAAUAUUAUAAAUACACACCUACGGUAUUUACAAUUCUUAAAGGGUGUCUUACUUAUUUUUUUACAGGUAAAUUAAUAAAUCUUACCUGUCUUCUACUUCAUUCACUAUGUACUGUGUGUAUCUGGUGCAGUUUUUGAAAAUAUUAUUUUAAAUAGUAUAUAUAGUGCUAUACUAGGUUAAAGCUAACAUGAAACCUAUUAUAUUAUUUUAGAUUGAUAAAGUAGUAAUACAAAGUAUGCUUUCCAAGUUCUCGUGCAGGUGUUUAAUAAUCAGCAAAUACAGGUAGCAUAUAUUUUUAAUGAUUUGCUUUAAAAAUAAUUUUAAAAAAUUUAAAAAAAGAAGUCAGACACACUUAAAAAGAAGCCGAGCACUGGAAACCAUGUCUGGCUGAUCAUUGUAAAGGUUUGUGGAGCAACUCGAGAGAGAGAGGUUCCCUUGUCAAUUCAGAGAUCAAAAUAUGCAAAAUGCCAGAAAAACAUGACUUACGCUAUUAGAAAAUAUGUUUUAAAGUGCACUGAAUAUUUCUUAGGAAGUGUCUCUUGUUGGUGUAUUUUCUGACUAAUUCCCUGUCUUUCUUAGCUUUGUGCUUACUGUAGGAAGUUCAGUAGUUUAUAAUAAUCUUUUUCAUUUCCAAGGAGGAACUUUUUUGUAGAAGUGGCUGACUGCUGGUAGUUCUGUAUUACACAGUAAUCCUUCCUGUUUAUUCCAUGUCUUAUUAUAAUGGAUUAAUAAUGAGGACCUCUGAAUAAGGGGGAUCAUCAAUAAUUAACAACAAUAUGGAUAUUCAAUAUUAGAUUUUUUUUCAUGUUUUUUUAUUAAUAUAUAUGAUUGAUUGUCAACCCUAGAUAUUAAAAGAACAAUAGUCAUAUUUCACUGGUAAACUAAACCAGAAUGAAACCAAAGGUAAUGCAGAUGUAAAAUCUAAAUUGGUAAAAUCUUAAUUAAUUUACUGUACCACCUAACCUUCUGAAUGAUUUUCUAUCAAGGGAGGCUAAACUGCAUCCUGAUUUUCAACUGGCAAACUGCCUGUCCGUUCUCAUGAGUAUGCAAUAAACCCAGGCUCUAGAAAUUGGAGCGUCUCUGCUUUAGAUCUAUUGAGGGCAAAUAAAUAAAGAGAAUGACACUAGAAUGUCAACAUUGUAGCUGAGACUACAGAUGUGAAGGAACUCAUUGGCAUGAAAACCUUAACCUAUUCCUUUCCUGAAUUUGGUAAAUUGUUUUUGUUUUAAUAACGAAGAAGAAUAAAACCAAACCAAACCAAAUCAAGAUACAAUGCAGAUAACCCAUCUAAAACAUACAUUUUUCACAUAGACAUUGUUUUUGUUAGAUUUUAUCAAUAGUAUAAUGUUAUGUGGUUGUAAAAUGCCUCAAGAAAAACAUUCUAAAAACAAAAUUAAAUUUCAUGUUUAAUACAAUGCCUUAAAGUUGUGUAAGGUUUUCUACAAAUUUGAAAUAUUUAUAUGUGCCCUUUUAAAAAGGUAAAUAACUGAAAGGUUAUUGAAACUCUGUGCUUAAUGUUUGGGUUUCAGAAUACUAUAUUAGCAGCACACCCCUAUUUCGGCUGACAUAGCUCCGGCUGGAGCUCAUUUUAUUUCUCGUUUUUGCUUUUUAGCACUAUACGAGACAUUUUAUAUUAUUUAUAUAAUUGUUUAAUGCCUGUCUUUUGUUGAGAAAGUAUUUUCUCAUUGUGUUUUUUUCUGUUUUAAUAGAUACUACAAAUUAGUCCCUAAGCCCCUGAAGCCUCAAAGACUGGCACAGCCCAUGGCUGCUUGCCAUGGAGGGUUUAAUAGGUUCUGCAGCCCUUUGCAGGGACAGAAGCUGCAGGCCAAGCCACAGGCUAAGCAGCAGCCCAAGGAAUUUGCUGCCACAGGCCCGGGGCCACUUCUCAGUGUCGCAUUCGAGUCUUAUGAAGGUAAAACUCAGGAGGGAACAGUACUCCUAGUGGUUCAUUUUGAUGAACAACGUUUUAUCCAAACCUUUUCCUAAUUAGGAGUAUUACUGCCACAAUAACAGGCGUUUCAUGUCAUUGUUAGACAUGUCUAACAAUGUUUUAUCACGUUUGAAGAAUAUCACACAAGUAUUAAAGCACAAUUGAAUGAGAAACAAUUAAAACCAGUUACUGCUUUCAGUCAGUCAUACUAAUCUAACUAAACCACCUUACCUAAUGCAUACAUUCAUUCUACUCAUAUUUAAGACAUCUAUAGUUCAGGCAAUGAAUAUAUGCCUGAAUUGAGGUACAUUUGAUUCAGAGAAGCUUGGUGACGUCAAUCAGUAGGUAAAGGCUUUUCAGGCAGAGUCUCAAAUCAGGAUUACACUACAGAGACUGGGUUCAGAUUCUCACAAGAUCAGUUGAGGAUCGGAGGUCGGAAAUUGUUUGAUUAAAGAUUGUCCAAUUUUUCAGUUGCCUACUCACCUUUCAUGACGUCACCACAACCCCCCUGCUCAUGCAGCAUGUGGUUACAAUGUAUCUGCUAGCUAUCAAGCUUACCUAAAUGUUUCGAUUCAUACUACAAAAUAUUUAUAACAUUCAAGCAAAAAUGCAUAUACUACUCUAAGUAAAUAUAAUUAUAAUUCAUUAGUUUAAGUAAAUAUAAAUCAUAAGCUUAUCACAUUUAAUGAAUAAGUUUAGCAUGUUAAUUAUACAUUUUGACUUAAUACUUUAACAGAAAAUAUACUUCAGCCUACUUCCUUAAAAACCCACCUUUUUAGAGAGAAAAACUGCAAGACCAAACAACACCCUGACCUUUUGACUGAUAAAAAAUACACUGUCUAGAUGGCGGUUACUGUAAGUUUGUCUGUCAGAGAAAAUGGUUAGUUAGAAAAAGCACCUGGCUCUGGCCAUGUUUAUAAAUACUUGAGGUGUUGCUGCUUCGCUGAAAAGGCGUUAAAAGAAAAGACAACUAUAAUUCAUCUUUUAGCGAAAAGGAAGCUUAGGUUAAUUUUUUAAUUAUAGAAAAUGUAGUGUGCAACUAUACUUUAUGAUAAAAAAACUAUUUAGCAGCAAGCAAGCAAGCUCUUCUCUUCAGGUCAAGAGGGACCCCAUCUUUUUCUGUUCUCCUCCCUCAAACGGUAAGGCUGGUCCCAGGCAUCCAGUAUCUUGCAUCACAAGUAUGGUGAUCUCUCUGGUUGGCACCUGUAAUGUACUGCAACUCCCUCAGUAAACUCCCUACACUGCAGACAGACCAUGCUUCCCAUGGCUCCCCAGUUUACUGGCUGUUUACACUUAAGGCAGAUUGCUCUUAUUAUUUCCUUUCCAUUGAAAUUAAUCACUGGUUCUCCUGAACUAACCUCGGUAUAAACACAAUAUAUUCCAGGGGAGCAAACUGUACAAACUCUUUUUUGAAAUGGGCCCUGUCUUUGCUGGCACCCGUCACAACAACAAUCAGGGUGUCUUGGAGAAGCUCCUUUACUCUUGGAAUGUAUCACUCUCAAAUCAAAUCUUGUGGAAUCCCCUGUAUGACAGUUGUGGAAAGUGCUGUACUUGUCCAUCUCAGUCUGCUCACAUAAAUACACUAAAAUGUCUCUAAUAUAAUAUGGACUUGCCUCCAUAUCUGCCACUAUCCACUCCUCUGUGUUGUAAUCACAAUCAGUGGGCAUUUGCAACAACAUAUUAGACAAGGAGCCUAUCUGAACACCAGUAUUUAUUUGAUGUAUUCUCUACACAGUGCCAGGCUUAAGGAACUCUGUGACCUCAGGGAGCCAUCUAGACUAUUGGCAUCAGUGCACCACAGACAUCUGGGUGCUUACUACCAUUCAGAUCUGUUACUCGCUGCACUCUACCCCCUCACUGUUGAGGCAUGUCUACCACAUUAGUCACUGACCCACAGGACAUUGCUGUGGUGUCUCAGGAGGUGACGGGCUAUUUGAACGAUAGACCCCUCCCACUGGAGGAAGAGUUCUACUCCAGGCACUUCCUGGUGCAUCUGCCCGGUGUGACAAACUGGGUUGCGAACCUCCUCUCAAGUGGUCCCUAGUAGCUCAGAGUGGAGGCUUCACCCCGAGGUGGUGAGCCUCAUCUGGGAGAAGUUCAGGAGAGCAGAGAUAGACCUCUUUGUCUCCCAGGAAUCAACCCACCGCCCCCUUUGGUUCUCUAUGAUAAGAGGCGGGGAACCAAUGGGAAUAGAUGCCUUGGCACACCAGUGACAAAGACAUCUGUUAUACACCUUCCCAUCGCUCACCAUGCUUCCACUGUGUCUGGAGAGGUGUCACAAACCAUGUAUUUUAAAAUCUUAGAGAAAGUAGCAUCAAAUUACAUUUUCAUAGUUUUUUUUUUUUGUUUUAGCUUUUUUUUUUUUUUACUGUCCUUGUAACUGUGUAUAAUGCUUGCAAUCAUUUUAAAUAUGGUUCUUAUUGGAACUCUAAUAUUAUGUUUUUUGACUGUCAGGAAGGCUUUGCUUUUCUUGUUGCCUGCUAUAGAUUCAUGUAAUGUAGUGACUUUAUAUUAGUAAAUGCUUCCACCAUCUACUUAAAGAUUGGGUAUUGCCAUACAAACCAAAGAAAUCUUGAUUCAAAGUGUAGAAUCACAAGAUGGUAAGAUGAUCUGGCCUAUUUUACACAUAUCUGUCGCAGACAGCUAGACCGGAAGAGCAUCUCCUGAACUCACCUUAUCACAAUAAACAAAAUUAGAAGAACGCAGCACUGUACUUUAAUAAAAGAAUCACUCAGAAUGAUUGCAAACAUCAUAAAAAGGUAAGGGGACAAGAAGUAAUUCACGGAACAGGAGCAAAGGCCCACUCAGCAGAGAGAAAUAAAACCCUUAAUUGGGAGGAAAUCUCUGGUGGUCCUGGCAGAGAGAUGGCCCCCACUCCAGGCAUACUAGCAAUAGUGUGUUAGUAUGAAUUAAUAUCAGGAAGUGAAGAGCAAAUUAUUAGAAAGAGAGAGAAAAAUAAUAAAUGGGCUUUAGUGAGUUACAGGAAAAUAAUUCCAUCUAG